GUUAUGAAGCAAGUACUGGAUGUUCUCCAGAUCUCAACAAUUGCCCUCAAGGGUAGCAAGGACAACCGCUCUCGUUUCUGGGCGACAUACAAAAGAGUCGCCGAGGAACACAACGACGAGUUCCUUGAGCGAUACACAAGCGAAAUGGACAUUGUGUUAGUUUUUGUA